AUGGGAGCCCAGCACCCCACGCUGGGGCUGCUGCUCGCCGUGGGGACGUGGGCCCUCUGCAGCUGCAGAGAAGAUGCUACAAGCCCUGAAGAGCCAGCCAAAGCCAGCACCGAGCCCCCACCGGCGCCCGAGACCACCGCGCCAGAGCCCACUGGUGCUGCCAGGUUGAGGCUGGUGGAUGGCAACUUCAGCUGCUCAGGGUUCGUGGAGCUCUACAGGCAGGGGCUGUGGGGCGCUGUAGGGGCCGACGCGGACACCUGGCCUGAGCUGGCCUCCCGAAUCUGUGAGGCAGUGAACUGCGGCAAGCUCGUCAUCGGGCACAGCACAGUGCCGGAGGCGGGGAGCCACUUACCCGUGCGGUGGGAGAUGGAGAAGUCCUGCAAGAGACACUCAGUCCUGGACUGCUUCAAUGAAACAAGUGACCACCGGGGGAAAGUGCCCGCCUUCGUCAUCUGCUCUGGUGAGAGUCUCUUUGGCAAGAGGGCCGCCUUGGUUAUGUGUCCUCCCUCGGACGAGCUCACUAGUCCCAUGCCUGUGGGUUGGCUGGUGCACGGCCAGGACUCCAAGCCGCAACCUGCUGGCCUGGGAGCCGGCACCAUCAUGAGCAUCCUCCUGGCUCUGGUUCUCUUCGGCAUCCUCCUGCUCAUCUGUGGACCCCCUGCCUACAAAAGACUGAUGAAGAAAAUCUCCAAGAAGAAGCAGCGCCAAUGGAUCGGCCCCACAGGAUUCAACCAAAAUGUUUCAUUCCACCGCAACAGCACCGUCAACCUGAGGCCGCGGGCUGAGGGGCCGAGGGCUCAAGGAGAGGACAACGACUACGCACAGCCACCCAAGAAGAACCCCUACCUGUCAGCUUACCCAGCUCUGGAAGGUGCAUCUCGAUCUUCGAACCCUCCGGACAAUUCCUCCGAUAGCGACUAUGACCUGCACUCUGCCCGGAGAGUGUGACUUCCCCG